UGUGUGUGUGUGUACGUACGUUCCGUGUGUGUGUGUGUACGUACGUUCCGUGUGUGUGUGUGUACGUACGUUCCGUGUGUGUACAUGUGUUGACGUACGCAAUUAUGCAUGCAAAAACUCAAAACCCCAUCAUCACUCCUCCCUCCAGCGGGCGGCAGAAACAAUUGUAAUUACCGAGACAAAUACGAUCCGAUACUACUACUACCACUACUACUACUACCACUACCACCACUACUACUACUACCACUACUACUACGAGCCGACCUGCAUAUUUUCCACACAGACACACCUCCGUUCUUUCUUCCGGGUUAUAUAUCGCGUUGUCUGCAUAGACGAGACUUUUUGACAGUGAUGUAUGUUUGUUUGUUUGUUUGUUUGUUUGUGUAUGCGUGUAUGCGUGUAUGCGUGCGCGUACGUUGUUGUGGUGCAUGUAUGAGCUGCUGGGCAUCAGAGUUAAGUGACGACGAAUGGCCCCGCCCAGCGCGCCGUGCUGUGUGAAGUCUGCAAAAAAAACACAGCAUACUCCACACUAAUCGCCACGACGACAACAACAACGACAUUGCUCCGCAUCGCAUAAACCACAACCAGGCAUCCAUCAAUUCCGUCGGGACCGCCACCACCAACGUG